CUCCAUUCUUUCGUCUACUGCCCUGCUGCUAGCGAAAGAGAUAUCUGUGAGCAAAACACCAGCAGCGACGCCCACGCAAACCCGUGCCUCCCUGUCCUGGACGAAUUUUCCCGAGCUUUCUAGCAUAGGAACCCGAGCAGAAAAAAGAUACCUCCACGACGGCAUUUUUUGUCAUCUGCCACCACUCAGAAAUCUGGCCCAAACCGGCCUCUUUUCGCUGUUCGACCCAACUGGCAUCAAAACCCCGAGGGAGAUUUUGCAAAACAAGCCACACAGUGUCUUUUGGCCCGUGUCGGUAAUUCAUUUCGAGACACAUACUAGCCGCCGAGGGUCCUUCAAAACGCCCCCAAAACCACCAAAAAACGCCAAGAAGCAACCAAAACACACCACAUAGGCCAAACACCUAGGCUUUGUGUAAACGCAUUCUUACAACCACACACAACACAAGCAUGAGCGACCGCGGCCCCGACCAGUGGUUGGAGCAGAUCAAGAAGUGCGAGGCGCUUUCUGAAACAGACAUGAAACAGCUCUGCGAGCUCGUCAAGGAGCUCUUGAUGGAGGAGCUGAACAUCCAGCCCGUGCAGUCGCCCGUGACAGUCUGCGGUGACAUCCACGGCCAGUUCCACGACUUGUUGGAGCUUUUCAAGAUCUCCGGCGGCUUGCCCCUGGAAGACAACUCCACCAGCUUCAUUUUCCUCGGCGACUACGUGGACCGAGGCUAUUUUUCGCUCGAAACAUUCACGCUUUUGAUGGUCUUGAAGGUCCAGUUCCCGCACCGCGUGACGUUGGUGCGUGGCAACCACGAGUCCCGCCAGAUCACCCAAGUGUACGGCUUCUACGACGAGUGCUUGACCAAGUACGGCUCCACGACAGUGUGGAAGUACUGCUGCCAGGUGUUUGACUUUCUCACGCUCGCGGCCAUCAUCGACGGCAAGGUGCUCUGUGUGCACGGCGGGCUUUCGCCGGAGAUCCGCAUGUUGGACCAGAUCCGCGUUUUGAGCAGGGCCCAGGAGGUGCCCCACGAGGGUGGAUUCUGUGACUUGGUGUGGUCGGAUCCCGACAACAUCGACACCUGGGCGGUCUCGCCCCGCGGAGCCGGCUGGCUCUUUGGCCUGAAGGUCAGCCGCGAGUUCAACCACAUCAACAACUUGGACUUGAUUGCACGGGCCCACCAGUUGGUUAUGGAGGGCUUCCGCUACCACUUCAAGGAGAAAGACGUGGUCACCGUGUGGCUGGCGCCCAACUACUGCUACCGCUGCGGCAAUGUCGCCAGUGUCAUGCAGGUGGGGCACGAGCCGGAGCCCAACUUCAAGAUCUUCUCGGCAGUACAGGACGGCGACUUGGCCGCCAAGAACAACCAGAGCAAGCAACAGCGCAUCGACUACUUCUUGUGAGCCGGUCGGCGCAUCACGACUAACGUUUCCGACACUUGUAUUCCUUUCUCCUUCUCGCACGGCAUACUGGCAUCGACCCCCGGUGGCCUUUCUUUGAUGCUUUUUAAUUAUUUGUACGACAUGAGUACCGACCUACAUAUACAAUGAACACCCGCGUGGCAGCCCAACGAGUGUUGCAGCUCGGAUGUUUGUAUUCAGCUACAUAUGCUGAUCGUCGGCCUUUCUCUGUGGCAUUAUUCAUGAGCUAGAAUAGUUUUCUGCUUGAUGUCUCAACUAAGGGUCUUCUGUCUUUCAGGGGUUAUCGUGUCUUUUCACUAGAUAGGUCAACAGAACAUUUAUCAACCGUACUUUUUAUGAAUUUUCAAA